GAAAAGGGUAAUUACUGUUUUAUUCUCAAAAAAGGAAAAGAACUAGUUACUGUACACCAUUUGGUUUGGCUAAUCUGAGGAGCGUUCAAAGUGGAGGGAGGGAGAUGAAGAGGCAAGGAGGCGGGAAUAACACAAAAACUCCCUCUCGCUUCUGGCGGUGGAAAAUGGUAGUCCAAUCGCUGGAGGGCGUGGGUUCCGUUCAGAGCUCCAUCGACGUUGCUGCAAACCCACAUUCCGAGGACAGUUCCUCGCCGAAGAAGAGGAGAGUCAGCUCUCGCCUCCAGGUCAAGCAGAAACCCCAAAAGGAACUUCUCGUCCGCCAGAGAGUGGAAUUACUCGAUGACAACGAACAAGGCCCCAGGAAGAAACAAGCAAAUGUCAGGGGUAGGCAAACCGGAGAGGUUGCCGACUCGGAGGAGCUCCCAAAGGCCACUGACUCGGUUGAGAAGAGUGACCGUGUUAGGGUCAAAGAGACCCUCAGGUUGUUCAACAAGCAUUAUCUCUAUUUCGUACAGGAAGAAGAGAAGAGGGCGGUGAAAGCAGAAGCUCAGAAGAAAGCUUCCAGAGCUGCAAAGAGAGGUGCAAAAAAAUCUAAGAAGGGUGAUUUGAAGAAGGCAGAUACAAAGGUGGCAAAACGACCUGAUUUGAAGGCAUUAACCAAGAUGAAUGACGAAAAAGAAAUUUUGUUUCCUUCUAAAAGAUUUGGAAGCAUUCCAGGUAUUGAUGUCGGGCAUCAGUUCUAUUCUCGGGCUGAAAUGGUUGCUGUUGGUUUCCACAGCCACUGGCUGAACGGGAUUGAUUAUAUGGGCCAGUCCUAUAGUAAAGGGAAGUACAGCAACUAUACAAUGCCACUUGCAGUUGCUAUUGUUAUAUCAGGCAUGUAUGAAGAUGAUUUGGACAAUGCUGAGGAAGUUGUGUAUACUGGUCAAGGUGGACAUAAUUUGACAGGUGAUAAGCGUCAAUUUCGAGAUCAAGUUCUAGAACGUGGUAAUUUGGCACUCAAGAAUUGUGUGGAACAAGAUGUACCUGUUAGAGUAGUUCGUGGCCAUGAUUGUAAAAGUAGUUACUGUGGCAAAAUUUACACUUAUGAUGGACUGUACAAGGUUGUGAAGUAUUGGGCAGAGAAGGGUAUUUCUGGAUUUACUGUUUUUAAGUAUCGUCUUAAGCGGCUUGAGGGGCAGCCACUGUUAACCACCAACCAGGUUCAAUUUAUUAAUGGACGUGUACCACAAUCUAUAUCAGAAAUACGCGGGUUGGUGUGCGAGGACAUAACUGGGGGUCUAGAGGAUAUUGCCAUUCCAGCUACCAAUUUGGUCGAUGAUCCGCCUGUUGCUCCUACAGGUUACACGUAUUGCAAAUCUAUUCAAGUUGCGAAAAACGUGAAGCUUCCCACAGAUGCCACUGGAUGCAAUUGCAAAGGAAGUUGUGUAGAUUCCAAGACCUGCGAAUGUGCCAAACUUAACGGCUCUGACUUUCCGUAUGUCCACCGUGAUGGUGGCAGAUUAAUUGAAGCCAAGGAUGUAGUGUUUGAAUGUGGGCCAAAAUGUGGUUGUGGACCUUCUUGUGUCAACCGUACUUCUCAGAGGGGGCUUAAGUACCGAUUUGAGGUUUUCCGAACGCCCAUGAAAGGGUGGGCAGUUAGAUCUUGGGAUUUUAUACCUGCUGGGGCACCAGUUUGUGAGUAUGUAGGAAUACUUCGCAGGACAGAAGAUGUGGAUAGUGCCUCGGAGAAUUAUUACAUUUUUGACAUUGAUUGCUUGCAAACAAUGAAGGGGCUUGAUGGGAGGGAGAGGCGAUCACAAGCUGUAUGCAUACCAACAGUUAAUUCACUGGAGAGGCCUGAUGAUCAGAGAUCUGAUAAUGUGCCAGAGUACUGCAUUGAUGCCGGUUCUAAUGGAAAUAUUGCCAGAUUUAUAAACCACAGUUGUGAGCCUAAUCUGUUUGUUCAGUGUGUCUUGAGUUCACACCAUGACAUCAAACUAGCUCGAGUAAUGCUGUUUGCAGCAGACAACAUACCUCCUUUGCAGGAGCUGACAUAUGACUACGGUUAUGCCCUUGAUAGCGUCUUGGGCCCUGAUGGGAAGGUAAAGAAGAUGUUUUGCCACUGUGGUGCAGCAGGUUGCAGGAAACGCUUGUUCUAGGUGAUGAACAUAUUCCAAUGAACUGCUUUUUGAUUUUGGAACUACGAGCUAUGUGUUCAUUGUGUUUCUAGUUGUAGUUCCAUCAAACUCGAUCUAACUUAAUAUCCUUCUCUGGGAGAUUGUGCUUGAAAUGCACUUAGAGGUCAUCUAUUGACUCUUUUUGUAACUGGAAUACUGUUCUGUAAAUCAGAUGUGAAGAGGAAGUUGACAAUUUUAAUGAAAAGCAAGUAAUCUUGCUCUGCGUCUGAUGGAUUGUUCA